GAGAGGGCACUCUUCCAUCCCGAAGCUGCAGUUCUAGUCGUACAGGACACGUCUGUGUCUUUUUUGUCUGCUCGUUAGACUCUAUCCGCAGCCAUGGUGAUCGAAAAGAAAUACAAGCCGGAUGAGGAGCCCGACCCAGAGCCGUACCUGUUCGUGUCUCUGGAGCAGAAGAGAAUAGACCAGACCAAGCCGUACGACUCGAAAACGGCAUGCUGGGUACCGGACGAGAAAGAGGGCUACGUCCAGGGCAAGAUCUUGGACGCGUCCGGCGACAAGACCAAGGUCCAGCUGCCCAGCUUUGAGGAGAAAGAGUUCAAGAAGGACCAGGUCACCCAGGUGAACCCGCCCAAGUACGAGAAGUGCGAGGACAUGUCCAACUUGACCUACCUCAACGAUGCCUCCGUUCUGUACAACCUGAAGCAGCGCUACUACAACAAGCUCAUCUACACCUACUCGGGUCUGUUCUGCGUGGCCAUCAACCCGUACAAGCGCUUCCCGAUCUACACCUUGCGCGCCAUCAAGAUCUACCUGGGCAGACGGCGCAACGAGGUUCCGCCCCACAUCUUCGCCCUCUCGGACGGCGCCUACUCCGACAUGAUGGCCAAUGGCCAGAACCAGUCGAUUCUCAUCACCGGCGAGUCUGGCGCCGGCAAGACUGAGAACACCAAGAAAGUCAUCACGUACUUCGCCCAGGUCGGCGCCUCCGGCAAGAAGAAGCCGGAGGACUCCAACAAAGGCACGCUGGAGGACCAGGUCGUCCAGACCAACCCGGUGCUGGAGGCGUUCGGCAGCAAGACGACGCGUAACGACAACAGCUCCCGCUUCGGCAAGUUCAUCCGCAUUCACUUCGGCCCGCUGGGCAAGCUGGCAGGAGCCGACAUCGAGACAUACCUGCUGGAGAAGGCUCGCGUCAUAUCGCAGGGCGCCCUGGAGCGAUCCUACCACAUCUUCUACCAGAUCAUGUCCGGCGCCAUCUCCGGCCUGAUCGAGCGCAUGAGCCUGGUCAACGACAUCUACGCCUACCACUACGUGUCUCAGGGCAAGACUACCGUCAAUGGCGUCGACGACAACGAAGAGAUGGAAGCCACCGAUCAAGCGUUCGACGUGCUGAACUUCAGCCAGGCGGAGAAGGACGACAUUUACUCCAUCGUCGGCGCCGUCAUGGUCAGCGGAGAGAUGAAGUUCAAGCAGAAGGGUCGCGAGGAGCAGGCCGAGGCGGACGGCACCGCGGAGGGUGACACCAUGGGCAAGCUGCUGGGUAUCGAUGGGCCCGAGCUUUACAAGAACCUGCUCAAGCCCCGCAUCAAGGUCGGCAACGAGUUCGUGACCCAGGGUCGCAACAAAGACCAGGUGUACUACUCGGUGGGCGCCCUGGCCAAGGGCAUGUACGAUCGUCUCUUCAAGUGGCUGGUGAAGAAGGUGAACAUGACGCUGGACACCAAGCAGAAGCGGGCCUCCUUCAUCGGUGUGCUUGACAUCUUCGGCUUCGAGAUCUUCGAUUACAACGGCUUUGAGCAACUUUGCAUCAACUUCACCAACGAGAAGCUGCAGCAGUUCUUUAACCACCACAUGUUCGUGCUUGAGCAAGAAGAGUACAAGCGGGAGGAGAUCAACUGGGUGUUUAUGGACUUCGGCAUGGACUUGCAAGCCUGUAUCGAUCUUAUGGAGAAGCCAAUGGGCGUGCUCUCCAUCCUGGAGGAGGAGAGCAUGUUCCCCAAGGCGACGGACAAGACGUUUGAGGACAAGCUGAAGACCAACCACCUCGGCAAGUCGGCCCUGUUCGUCAAGCCGAAGCCGCCCAAGCCGGGUCAGGUGGAGGCGCACUUCGCAAUCGUCCAUUACGCCGGCACGGUGGCGUACAACUUGGCUGGCUGGCUGGAGAAGAAUAAGGACCCGCUGAACGACACCGUGGUCGACCAGUUCAAGAAGGGCAAGAACGGCCUGCUGGUGGAGAUCUUCGCUGACCACCCUGGCCAGUCUGCUCCGGCGGAGUCCGGCGGCGGCAAGGGUGGCCGCGGAAAGAAGGGUGGCGGCUUCGCGACGGUGUCUGCCAGUUACAGGGAGCAGCUGAACGGCCUGAUGAAGACGCUGCACGCGACUUCGCCUCACUUUAUCCGCUGUAUUAUCCCCAAUGAGAUGAAGGCGCCGGGCGUCAUCGACUCCCACCUGGUGAUGCACCAGCUGACCUGCAACGGCGUACUGGAAGGCAUCCGUAUCUGUCGCAAGGGCUUCCCCAACCGCAUGGUGUACCACGACUUCCGUCACCGCUAUGUGAUCCUGGCACCCAAGGAGAUGAAGGAGAAGAAGGAGGACCGUGACGCCUGUGACGUCUGCCUCAAGAAAAUUGACCUUGACUCCGAUAAGUUCCGUCUGGGGCUUACUAAGGUCUUCUUCCGCGCCGGCGUGCUGGGAGACAUGGAGGAGCUGCGAGAUGACAAGCUCAACAAGAUCUUCUCCUGGAUGCAGGCGACCAUCCGCGGCUACUUCGCCCAGCGCGAGUACAAGAAGCUGCAGGAUCAGCGCGCGUCGCUGCUGAUCGUGCAGCGCGCCGUCCGCAAGUACAUGAAGAUGCAGGGCUGGGCCUGGUUCCGCCUCUGGAUCAAGGUCCGCCCCAUGCUCUACGAGACCCGCAUCGAGGAUGAGCUCAAGAGACUGGAGGAGGAGGCGGCGGCGGCCACCGCCAAGCUGGACGUGGAGCUGAAGCAGCGGAAGGACGCCGAGGAGAAGAACAUCAAGCUGCUGCAGGAGAAGAAUGAGCUGGUGUCCCGUCUUGAGUCGGAGCGCGGCUCCAUGGGUGAUGAGAUCGCCAAACAGCAGAAGCUGCAGGCGCAGAAGGCCGACCUCGAGGCCCAGCUCAAUGACGCGCAGGAGCGGCUGGCCGUCGAGGAACAGGCCCGCCAGCAGCUGGCGCAGGAAAAGAGGAAGGUGGACGGCGAGAUGGGUAGCAUGAAGAAGGACCUCGAUGACAUGCAGAACAGCGCCAAGAAGCUCGAGAGCGAGAAGACCUCCAAGGACCACCAGAUCCGCACACUCAACGACGAGAUCGCCCAGCAGGAUGACGUCAUCAACAAGCUGAACCGCGAGAAGAAGCGCCUGCAGGAGAACCAGCAGAAGACGGCCGAGGACUUCGGCACGCAGGAGGACAAGGUGAGCCACCUGACCAAGGUUAAGGCCAAGCUGGAGCAGACGCUGGACGAGCUGGAGGACUCGCUGGAGCGCGAGAAGAAGACGCGCGCCGAGAUGGACAAGUCCAAGAGGAAGGUGGAGGGUGACCUCAAGCUGACCCAGGAGGCCGUGGCCGACCUGGAGAAGAACAAGCGCGAGCUCGAACAGACCAUCCAGCGCAAGGACCGCGAGAUCGGCCAGCUCUCCUCCAAACUGGAGGAGGAGCAGGCGCUGGUCACGCGUCUGCAGCGCGUCAUCAAGGAGCUGCAGGGCCGCAUCGAAGAGCUGGAGGAGGAGCUGGAGGCAGAGCGCCAGGCGCGCGCCAAGGCCGAGAAGCAGCGCGCCGAUCUGGCGCGUGAGCUUGAGGAGCUGAGCGAGCGCCUGGACGAGGCAGGUGGCGCCACCGCCGCCCAGAUCGAGCUCAACAAGAAGCGCGAGACCGAGAUUGCUAAGCUGCGCCGUGACAUUGAGGAGCAGAACAUCCAGCAGGAGACGACCCUGGCUGGCUUGCGCCGCAAGCACAACGACGCCAUCACCGAGAUGGCCGAGCAGAUCGACCAGCUGAGCAAGGCCAAGGCGAAGAUUGAGAAGGAGCGCCAGGGCUACACGGCCGAGGCGCACGACGUGCGCAUGGCCAUUGAGCACAUCAACAACGAGAAGGCGACGGAGGAGAAGCAGACUAAGGGCCUGCAGGACCAGCUGACCAACCUCAACGGCAAGCUGGAGGAGGCCAACCGCACGCUGGGCGACUUCGACACGGCCAAGAAGAAGCUGUCGGUUGAAAACGCCGACCUCCUGCACCAGCUGGAGGAGGCCGAGUCGCAGGUGUCCCAGCUGCAGAAGCUGAAGGUGACGCUGCAGUCGCAGCUGGACGACUGCAACCGGCUGUGCGACGAGGAGGCGCGCGAGCGGGUCACUAUCCUGGGCAAAUACCGCAACCUCGAGCAUGACAUCGACUCCAUGCGGGAGCAGGUGGACGAGGAGGCUGAGCUCAAGUCGGACCUGGCUCGCCAGGUGGCCAAGGCUCAGGCUGAGGCUCAACUGUGGCGCAACAAAUACGAACAGGAGGGCAUCGCCAGGGCUGAGGAGCUGGAGGAGCAGCGCCGCAAGCUGGCCGUUCGCCUGCAGGAGGCCACCGAGCAGCUGGAGGUGCUCAACCAGAAGAACAUGAGCCUGGAGAAGAUCAAGACCCGGCUGACGGGUGAGAUCGACGAGAUGCACGUGGAGGUGGAGCGCGCGCAGCAGCUGGCUGCCCAGAUGGAGAAGAAGGCGAAGGGCUUCGACAAGAUCAUCGCCGAGUGGAAGAUGAAGGUGGACGACGUCGCUGCGGAGCUGGACGCCUCGCAGCGGGACUGCCGCAACUACAGCACCGAGCUCUUCCGCGUCCGGUCGGCGUACGAUGAGGGCGUCGAGCAGCUGGAUGCCGUGCGCCGCGAGAACAAGAGCCUGGCCGACGAGGUCAAGGACCUGAUGGACCAGAUCACCGAGGGCGGCCGCAACCUGGCCGAGGUGGAGAAGCUGCGCAAGCGGGUGGAGCAGGAGAAGGAGGAGCUGCAGUCGGCGCUGGAGGAGGCCGAGAGCGCGCUGGAGCAGGAGGAGAACAAGGUGCUGCGCGGCCAGCUGGAGCUGAGCCAGGCGCGACAGGAGAUCGAGCGGCGUAUCCAGGAGAAGGAGGAGGAGUUCGAGAAUACCAGGAAGAGCCACCAACGCCAGAUGGAGUCCAUGCAGGCCUCGCUGGAGGCCGAGGCCAAGGGCCGCGCCGAGGCGAUGCGGAUGAAGAAGAAGCUGGAGACGGACAUCAACGAGCUGGAGGUGUCGGUGGAGCGGGCCAACAUCGAGACCAUGGAGAGCCAGAAGACCAUCAAGCGGGUGCAGAUGGAGCUGAAGGACGUGCAGGUGCAGCUGGAGGAGGAGGAGCGCGCGCGUGCCGAGGUGCGCGAGGCGCUGGGCAUGUCGGAGCGGCGCGCCAACGCCCUGCACGGCGAGCUGGAGGAGAGCCGGACCCUGCUGGAACAGGCCGACCGCGGCCGCCGACAGGCCGAGGCCGAGCUGGGCGACGUGCAGCAGCAGCUGACGGAGGUGUCCAGCAACUACAACAGCGUGUCUGCGCUGCGGCGUAAGCUGGAAGAGGAGGUGGGCUCCCUGCAUGUCGACCUGGACGAGAUGCUGAACGAGGCACGCACCUCCGAGGAGAAGGCCAAGAAGGCCAUGAUCGACGCCGCCAGACUGGCGGACGAGCUGCGUGCUGAGCAGGAGAACGCCCAGCAGCAGGAGCAGGCCCGCAAGUCCAUGGAGCUCACCGUCAAGGACCUGCAGAUCCGGCUGGAUGAGGCCGAGGCCAACGCUAUCAAGAACGGCCGCAAGAUCAUCGCCAAGCUGGAGGAGCGGCUGCGCGCGCUGGAGUCGGAGCUGGACCACGAGCAGCGCCGCCACAGCGAGGCCUCCAAGAACCUGCGCAAGGCCGACCGGCGCAUCAAGGAGCUGCUCUUCCAGGCGGACGAGGACAAGAAGAACCACCAGCGCAUGCAGGACCUGGUCGACUCGCUGCAGCAGAAGAUCAAGACGUACAAGCGGCAGAUCGACGAGGCGGAGGAGAUUGCCGCCCUCAACCUCGCCAAGUACCGCAAGUGCCAGCAGGAGCUCGAGGCGUCCGAGGAGCGCUGCGACAUGGCCGAGUCGACGCUGGCCAAGUUCCGCGCCCGCGGUCGUGGCGCCUCGGUGGCGCGCGCUUCCAGCCCCGCCUACUAGAUGGCAGCCCAGUCGACCUGGCCGGGCCGGCCCGCCCCCGGCCGCCCGGCCUGCUGCGCCCUUCUCAUUUCAUUGUCCCUAGGCGUUCUGUCCGUCUGUAGAGUGCCAGCUACGCUGCCGCGUUGUACCUACAUGAAUAAGCAAUCUUCUGAAUAAGAAGGUGCUCGAAAACGGA